CAGUUUCGGCCGUAGCCUGAAUGUUCCAGAUGAGGCCUGUGUGAUUAAGUCAUGGAAAAUGGCGACUGUGGAGCCGGAAAUCAUCUCAAAUCCAUCUAAAAGUGAAGAGGAGAAUUCAGAGGAGACAAGCCAGGAGAUUGUCAACCCUGACUGCUACAUCAAACAUCCACUCCAAAACAGGUGGACUUUAUGGUUUUAUAAAAACGACAAGGCCAAAACAUGGCAAGCAAACCAGCGACUGAUUUCUAAGUUUGACACAGUAGAGGAUUUUUGGGCGCUUUAUAACCACAUUCAGCUGUCCAGUAAUUUGAUGUCAGGUUGUGAUUACUCUCUUUUUAAGGAUGAUAUUGAACCAAUGUGGGAAGAUGAGAGAAAUAGGAAAGGAGGCCGAUGGCUUAUUACUUUAAACAAGCAGCAAAGGAAACUCGACCUGGAUCGUUUUUGGCUGGAAACUCUGCUUUGCCUCAUUGGUGAGGCCUUCGAUGACUACAGCGAUGAUGUAUGUGGUGCUGUAGUCAACGUCCGAACAAAAGGAGAUAAAAUAGCUGUCUGGACAUCUGAUUAUGAGAACAAAGAAGCAGUAACGCACAUAGGGCGGGUGUAUAAGGAACGCUUGGGAAUCCCUAUGAAGAUGACUAUUGGUUAUCAGUCUCAUGCCGAUACAGCCAGUAAAAGUGGAUCAACAACCAAGAACAAGUUUGUGGUCUGAAAACAGCCUGAUUGCUCUCAUUUUUAUUUCUCUCUCUCUCUCUCUCCCUCUCUCUCUCUCAUUUUGCCUCUCUGCCCUGAACCAAAGCUACAUAUUAACAGGGGCUUACUAAAAAUGCUGUAAACCCCCAACUAAUGCAUGUUUGAAAGGGCAAUAGGAAUCCUUAACACACACCUUAAGGUUUACCAAUCCCCUCAACAGCUUGUUCACUAAGGCAAAUUCACUACACGUGUUCAGCCAAGCAAAUUAUAUCUACCCAAGUAAACCCUAAUGAUGUAGCUGAGCUAUUCAAGCAUGACUCAAUAAUAAUGACUCAAACAAACAUGAAUAUCUAUUGUUAAGUACUUGAAGAUUGUAUAAUAUUUGAAGUGUUCUUUUUAAAACAAAUCUGUGUUGAAUUAUUUAAUGAGGAGGAAUGAAAAUGCCUUUGUGCUCUUAUCCAGCAGCCUUGCUGCAUUAGUGCCUAAUGAACACUUUUUAACUUAUUAAAAUUUAUCCUACCAUUUCAUGUAGGUGGCAUGAAGCCACUGAAUGAAUGUAAUCAAUCAAACCUUUGUAAGGCUGCCUUAUUUUUCAGCAUUAACAAUAUUAAAUUUGAGGUGUUGCAUUCCAGUAUGUGUUUUUUAUGCGUAAAUAUAUUUGAAUGAUUGAGUUUGACGUUCCUUGUUCGAAUGAUACAAUUUGGGACUGAUAAUGUAAUAGUUGAUGCGUUAUUGUUUGAAUGUAAUCUGGGCAGAAUGUUAUCACUAGGUCCUAAAAUAAACCAGAUGGAUGUGG